AUGUUUAGAUCAGGUAAAUGGCGGAACGAGAAGAACAGGAUCAAAGUCGUCUUCAGGUUGAAGUUUCACGCGACUCAGGCGUCUCAGUUCAAUACAGAGGGAUUAACACUCUCUCUUGUUCCCGGAGAUAUUGGGAAACCGACGGCGAGGUCAGAGAAAGCUGUGGUGAGCAACGGUCAAUGCCGGUGGGAGAUUCCGGUUUACGAGACUGUGAAAUUUCUCAAAGACGCCAAAACCGGGAAAGUUAAUCAGAGAAUCUAUCAUCUCAUUGUGUCAAUUACGGGAUCUACAAGAGGUGGUUUGGUUGGAGAAGUUUCAAUUGAUUUUGCUGAUUAUGCUGAUGCAAUCAAGACUUGUAACGUUUGUCUUCCACUGCAAAGCUCAAAUGCAAAAGCUUUGUUGCAUGUAUCAAUACAAAGGCAAUUAGAAUUUGAUGAUCCACAAAGAGAGGUGGAUGAACAUGAAUGUGAGAGUCUUGAGAAAAUGUCACAGGGUCAAGAUUUAAGGUCACAUUUGAGCAUCCGUGAUGCAGAUGAGACUCAUAAAAGCGACUCUCAUGAGGAAGGUCCGUUUGGUAAAGCUGCUCGGUUAGCGGAGCUGAGACGAAGAGCAUCGAUUGAGUCCGAUAGUACAAUGUCAAGCUCUGAAAGUGUCUGUGAGCCUAAGACUCCUGAAGAAGUUGUUGCAGCCAAGUCUUUGAGACACCCUCCUAAUAAGCAGCAUCUCCGUUCAGCUAAAAGCUUGUUUGAAGAGCCAAGUGUAUCAGAAUCCGAGUGGUCUGGAAGUUCGAAUGAUACAAUCGCUGUAGCAAGAAGCUCUUCGGAUGAGGAUGAGGUAGAGAAGCUUAAGACUGAGCUUGCUGGUUUGACUAGGCAAGCAGAUCUUUCCGGGAUAGAGCUGCAAAGCCUGCGGAAGCAAAUCGUUAAAGAGAGUAAAAGAAGUCAAGAUCUUCUCAGGGAAGUGAACAGCUUGAAGCAGGAGAGAGAUUCGUUGAAGGAAGACUGUGAGAGACAUGACAAGCAGAGAGGAGAGAGUAAAACGAGGAACAGGUUGCAGUUUGAAGGAAGAGAUCCGUGGAUUCUCUUGGAGGAAACGAGAGAGGAGCUUGAUCAUGAGAAGGAUCGGAAUUUCAAUCUCCGGUUACAGCUCCAGAAGACGCAGGAAUCGAACUCCGAGUUGAUUCUUGCUGUUCAAGAUCUCGAAGCAAUGCUGGUGGAAAAGAGUAAAGAAGAAGGAGCAAGAACCUCUGAUAACAACAUUGAAGAUGAAGAUGAUGAGGAUCAAAAGGCACUUGAGGACCUCGUGAAGGGACACGUGGAUGCGAACGUAUUGGAGCAGAAGAUCACAGACCUCUACAACGAGAUUGAGAUCUAUAAACGUGAGAAAGACGAGCUUGAGAUACAGAUGGAACAGCUUGCUCUUGAUUACGAGAUACUGAAACAGGAGAAUCAUGAUGUCUCAUACAAGCUAGAGCAGAGCCAACUGCAAGAACAGUUGAAGAUGCAAUACGAAUGUUCGUCUUCGCUUGUGAACGUGACAGAGCUUGAGAGCCAAGUGGAGAGACUCGAAUCUGAGCUCAAGAAGCAGUCGGAAGAUUUUUCUCAGUCCUUGUCACGGAUUCAAGAGCUCGAAACGCAGACGGAGGCGAUGGAGGAAGAGAUGGAGAAACAGGCUCAGGUGUUCGAAGCGGACAUCGAUGCUGUCACGAGAGAUAAAGUGGAGCAGGAGCAAAGAGCUAUCCAAGCGGAAGAAGCGUUGAGGAAGACGAGGUGGAAGAACGCGAGCGUAGCUGGAAAACUCCAGGAUGAGUUCAAGAGACUCUCCGAGCAGAUGGAUUCGAUGUUUGUGUCAAAUGAGAAAAUGGCUAUGAGAGCGAUGACUGAAGCUAAUGACUUGCGGAUGCAGAAACGUCAGCUGGAGGAAAUGCUCAAGAACGCUAACGACGAGCUCCGAGCAAACCAAGCCGAGUACGAGUCAAAGCUAUACGAGCUCUCUGAGAAGCUGAGCUUCAAAACAAGUCAGAUGGAGAAGAUGUUAGAUGAGAAAUCCAAUGAUGUAGAGAAUCAGAAGAGGCGUGAGGAAGAAGUUACUGCAGGUUUAAACCAAGAGAUCAAAAUCUUGAAAGAUGAGAUUGAGAAUCUGAGAAAGGACAAAGAUAGACUCAUGUUACAGGCAGAGGAAGCAGAGAAGCUGAGAGUUGAGUUGGUAGAGACAAGAGAAUCAUUCAUGGAAGCAGAAGCUUCACUACAGAGAGAGAUAGAGUCUCUUGCAGAGGAGUUGCAAGCAGUGAAGCUUCUCAAGAAUGAAAAAGAAGCAGAAAUUACAGUCUUACAAGCCGAGAUAGAAACUGUGAGAGAGCAGCGCGAUGAUCUGAAGCGUUAUUUAUCAGAGAAUGAUACAGAGAUGGAGAAGCAAAAGAAGCAAGUGGGGCAAGUGAGAGGCGAGUUGAAGAAGAAAGAAGAAGCUAUGGCUAAUCUUGAGAAGAAGCUGAAGGAGAGCAGAGUUGCGUUUAACAACUUGACGAAAACCGGGCAAAGAAACAACAACAAAGGAAGUCCAGUAGUAGGAUCUAAAGAAGUCAUGGUUAUGAAAGAUAAAAUAAAGCUUCUUGAGGGGCAAAUCAAACUUAAGGAAACUGCUCUUGAAGCUUCAUCGAAUAUGUUCAUUGAAAAGGAAAGGAGUUUGAAGAACAGAGUCGAGGAACUGGAAAGUAAACUCGACCAACUCAAUCAGAUGAGUGAGAGUGAGGCUCAAAAUGGUGAAGAAGAAAUCCGAGUUCUGGUAAAGGAAAUGACGUCUUUGAGAGAAUGUAAUGAAACGAUGGAGAUGGAGCUGAAGGAGAUGCAAGAGAGAUACUCUGAGGUAAGUUUGAGAUUUGCUGAAGUGGAAGGUGAGAGACAGCAGCUUGUUAUGACUGUACGUAAUCUUAAGAACGCCGCCAGGAGGAGCUAA